UCUUGACGCCCAUGCGCCAUUACCUCUUGCAGCUGCGUCCACCCCUUGACACGCGGAAGAGCGUGUAGAACAUCAAGGCGAGGAUCAAGCAUGUCAUGUCUAAUCAGCUUCUUCCUGUCUACAUCAGUUUGUCACAGCAUCUGUUGGUGCUGCGCUACAUUACCCUACGUAUUCAUCAACCCCAAGCCAUCCAACAGAACAUCAGAGACUGGCCGACUCCGGUCCGUCCUAGGUCCGGAGCAGGCGACAACGGGUUCUCUACCAGCACAAGUGGCAAGACCGCCCUCGAUAUGGGCGGUCUUUUGUCGUCACUUCCUGGGAACUCUUCGCUGCCGGCUGUGAGUGAACCUGAUACCGAAAGUCUCUUCGGCCCACGAGGCAUUUCACGCGACUUCAUGAUCGGUGCUGCUGGCGAACUAUAUAUAUUCGAGAGGCUUAAGGACCUAGCACUUGACGCAUUCUCUGCGAACAAGUGGCGCAGUCGGAUCCGAAACGAGGUGAAAGUCCACCCAGACUACGCGGAUUCACUGCAGUUCAACGGCCCUGAGACGGCAGACAUUGUCUACACCGACGUCGCGGGCCAGCUCUCUCGCUUUCUGCAGGCCAAUUGUUACGAAGGGUUUCCAGCCGUCACGAUACCCAGCCAAAGUGAUCGCUUCUUUGGACAACAGGUCACUCCUAUCACCUACUAUCUCGAGGUCAAAACCACUACGUCGUACAAUGCAGACGAACGGCUCUACAUGAGCGCUCCCGAGUACAAGUUAACGAAAGAUUGUGCAAGCCAGGAGGGCAGCAGGCCGACCCACCUUUCUGUCCUGCUCCGUGUGUACGACAUAACCUCGGACCACGCGGGAGUGAAGCUAUUCGUGGAUCCUUGCCGAUUCGUAGGCAAUGAUGGUGUUUUGAGAUUCGAGGUUGGGCAAUAUCAUGUAUAUCCCAAAACGGUUGGAGCGUAGAAAUCACCACCAGCACAGCCAUACUGGAAGAGUACGAAAAGUCGAUGAAUUGAUCAGUUUGGAUGAGGUUGUUCAAUGUCUUCUGCCCGUCGAGCAUAUUUCCAGAAGAAGUGGCACCUUCUAAAAGGAAGUAAUAUCGAAUAUAUAUGUGAAGGUCCAGCAAAU